UCAACUCAAGACUCAAACAUUUACAGCAGCCACCCGAAACCCGACCCGCCUUGCGAUGGAGUCUCUCCGGUUGAGGUCUCCACACUCUCCUCUCCUCCACCCGGACCGUCAUGGAUGGUUCCAGCCGCCAUUCUCCACCGGUUUCCACCUCACCGCCGCCAAAAAAGGGCCGUACAUAAAGGCCGCGCUGUCCAAACCGGCGGCGGAGAUCUCGCCAGCCGUUCCUUCCCGCGAAAGUACGUUACUAUCACCGCAUCCUCCGUCGUCUACGAAUAAAGUGUCGCCGAAUUCUCUGCAGUACCCGUCUGGUUACCUCGGUGCAGUACCGGAGCGUACUGUUAACGAUGACGGUGACAACAUUACUAAUGCCAUGAAUUAUUUGACCAAUAUACUCGCGUCCAAGGUGUAUGACGUGGCAAUCGAAUCGCCGUUACAGUUCGCGCCAAAGUUGUCUGAGCGAAUAGGAGUUAAGCUUUGGCUUAAGAGAGAAGAUUUACAGCCUGUUUUCUCGUUCAAACUUCGUGGAGCAUAUAACAUGAUGGCAAAACUUCCGAAGGAUCAAUUGAAAAAAGGCGUUAUCUGCUCAUCCGCAGGAAAUCAUGCCCAAGGAGUUGCAUUAUCUGCCAAGACACUAGGCUGCGAUGCAGUGAUUGCUAUGCCGGUUACAACUCCAGAAAUCAAGUGGCAAUCUGUUAAGAGGUUGGGAGCAAAAGUUGUUCUUGUGGGGGAUUCCUAUGAUGAGGCACAGGCUUACGCUAAAAAACGGGCCAAAGAGGAAGGUCGUACAUUUGUACCUCCUUUUGAUCAUCCAGAUGUAAUCAUGGGGCAGGGAACAAUCGGGAUGGAAAUUAUACGUCAAAUGCAAGGACCAUUGCAUGCGAUCUUUGUGCCUGUUGGGGGUGGCGGGCUAAUUGCUGGUAUUGCUGCUUAUGUAAAGAGGGUUUCUCCACAGGUUAACAUUAUUGGAGUGGAGCCUUCUGAUGCAAAUGCAAUGGCAUUGUCACUACAUCAUGGUGAAAGAGUGGUGUUGGAUCAAGUUGGUGGUUUUGCAGACGGUGUGGCUGUUAAAGAGGUUGGUGAAGAAACCUUCUGCUUAUGCAAGGAAUUGGUAGAUGGUGUAGUUCUUGUCAGCCGUGAUGCUAUCUGUGCAUCGAUAAAGGACAUGUUUGAGGAGAAAAGAAGCAUUUUAGAACCUGCAGGUGCUCUUGCCCUUGCCGGAGCUGAAGCAUACUGCAAAUAUUAUGGCCUCAGCGGAGAAAAUGUUGUAGCUAUAACCAGUGGGGCAAACAUGAAUUUUGAUAAAUUGAGGGUGGUGACUGAACUUGCUAAUGUUGGUAGGCAACAAGAGGCUGUCCUUGCAACAAUUAUGCCUGAGGAGCGUGGGAGUUUCAAACAAUUUUGUGAACUUGUGGGGCCUAUGAAUAUCACUGAAUUCAAAUACCGGUGUACUUCUAAUAAAGAAGCCGUGGUUCUAUACAGUGUUGGUGUUCACACUGUUGCUGAGCUUGAAGCAAUGCUGGAGCGAAUGGAAUCUUCUCAACUUAAAACUUACAAUCUCACAUCAAGCGACUUGGUUAAAGAUCACUUGCGAUAUUUGAUGGGUGGCAGAUUAAAUGUUGCAGACGAGGUCCUUUGUCGUUUUGUUUUCCCUGAGAGGCCUGGUGCUUUGUUGAAGUUCUUGGACACUUUUAGUCCGCGAUGGAAUAUUAGCUUGUUCCAUUACCGUGGUCAGGGUGAAACUGGUGCCAAUGUAUUGGUAGGAAUCCAGGUUGCAAAGAAUGAGAUGGAAGAGUUCCAGAAUCGUGCCAACAGUCUGGGAUAUGACUAUGUAGUUGUAACUGAUGACGACAACUUCCAGCUUUUGUUUCACUGACAGUGUACAAUUUUGGAUUAUAUAUGUAGACUUGGGACUGAAUUAGAGAAGAGAAGAGAGAAGCAAACCUCCAGUUCUGCUUACUAUAUAGAGAAGUGAGUCAUGUCUUUAUGCAUUAAAAGGUUCUUUCCAGGUAUUUAUGUAUUAUAAUUAGGGUUAUCAUUUGCUCUGAAUGAGAAGUGAUGCCAUUCUAUACGACUGUUACGCCUAAUGUUUGACACUGAUUUGAUCUUUUAGUAUUAUAUAUUUAUUUUCAGUUUCUAUGAAAAA